AUGAAGUUCUUCCCUAGUGGAUUAAAAAGCCCUGUUGUUAUCGGAAGAAAAGAGUCGUUGUCAAAUUUGAAAAAUUUUACUAACGCAUCCCAUUCUGAUUCCAAUUCUUCAAGUUCUAGUUCUCAACAAGUUCCAUCAACUCCGUCCUCAAUACCACCAACACCUACAACACAUAUAUAUUCUUCUUCCUCUUCUUCAAAUUUAUUCCAAGAACUACCUCCCGAAUUGUUUCGAAAUAUUAGACCCUUAUUAAUCAUUCUUAAAGCACAAAAACAAAAAGUUUAUUAUAAUUGGACUUUAGAAAAGAACCCAGAUAAAUCUUUGCAAUGGGAGAUCCGUUAUGCAAAUGACACCGUUGAAAAACUGACCUCCUUAUCCCUAAUUGGUCCUCAGAUGCAGCUUGUAACAAGCAACACUAAGAUAGAAUAUGUUUUACCGUUGAUCAAUCGCAAUUCCUCUUUUUCAAAUUUCCAAAUAUCUAAUGAUAAUCUAAAAUUCGAUGAACCCAACAUCGUUCUAUCCUGUAAUAAUACCAAACAACUAGAUUUGUUAACUAGUCUUUGUUCUUUAUCUAUCUUUGAAAAUAUAUCAGUAUAUAAAGCGUUGACUGGUACCGUGAUAUCUACUAUGGGGUUCCAUUUACCUGAUAUUAAUAUGAUACUAAAUUCUCAAUAUAAUUUUAAAGAUUGGUGUGAGAUUUAUAUUCAGGGGAAAGGUUGGAUCAAAGCAUGGUGUCAUAUAAACAGAAAAUCAAAUAUUAAUAAAAGUCAUAGCAAUAAUAAUAAUAAUGAGAGUGGCAGUAGUAGUGGGGGAAAUAAGAAAAAUUAUAAACCAAAGGGGAAGUACCAGAUUAAAAUAUAUAAAGAUAUUAAAUCAAAUAAUCCCACAUCAACAGCAAAUUUGAUUUGUUAUAUACAAGAUUGUGACUUUGUUCAAGAUGUGUUUUUUUAUAAUCAAUACCCAAAUUUUGAUGAUUGUGAACAAUUUAUACAAAAUUUUAACUCAAUUAGAAUUUUAGGUGAUGUCAGAUAUAAUAAUUUAGACACUAUACUGGAUGAUAAAAAGAAGAAAAUGUUUUCUCCAAAGAGAAACGUCUCAACAAGCUCAAUAAAGUCCGAUUCAAGUGUUAAUUUCGAUUUAAAACAUAAUGGUAUCAUCAUUAGACCAAUAGCACAUAAAGGGUUACCACACCUGGAUUCAAUGAUUAAAUUCAUUAUACCUAUCUUUGAUGUUACAAGAAAAUACGGUCGUCCAAAUCAUUUCAUUGUCUCUAGAACUGAUAAAGACUCUUUGAUGUUUGGACUACCAAAAUUGCCAAACACAAAUUACUUCAAAAUCAAUGACAAUGCACACUUAUUGUCUGAAAGGAAUAUGAUUGAAUCGGAUUAUGACUUUAAUGAUCCAUUAACCUAUUCAAUGUCUUGGGUAACGGAAUACCUGAAUAAAAUUUAUAAAUCCAAAACUUCCUAA